AUGGCAGCCCACCAAAGCAAAACAGAGGGCAUGUUCUGCAGCGAUUCUGGCUCUCACACGUGCUUCCUGGAAGGGUCAGCAAGACAACACCUGAUCGGCAUGGCCUGGGACGAAGCACAGCUCGGCAAGAUUUUUGGCCCCAGCGGGAAGCUGCACAAGCAGUCUCAAGUGCUGGAGCUCGCGACGGAGUGUGGCCACGAGGUCGCCCAGAUCGUCGAGCAGGUUUUUGGCAUCUACCAGCACCUGGCGGUCUCGGAAGGCAGCUCUGUGGAACUCAUGAAGAAAUUCCAGGAGGUGUUCGAUCAUUUAGGUGACCUCGCGGAAGUUUUGCAGCACGUAACGGGGCGCGAAACCGACCAAAUGCUCCGGGACAUUGGCAACCUCUUGCGCUGGGAUUUCUCGAAGAAGGUGCUGCACCUGAAGCCCAAGGUGGAUGCAAGUCAGGCGAAGGCCCGGCUGAGAGGCUUCUGGGAGGACCAAUGCCGCCUGGCCGAGGAUGCAGACUGGCAGCCGGACUCCGAGGCGUCCUGCCUGGAAGAGCGCCUCGCUGGCUUCGUGGCUGGCCCAGAGCCGCAGGACGAUCUGGACAAGGUGAUGCAGCUGGUCUGCACCUUCGAGAACGCUUCGGAUGAUGAGAAGGUGGCCUUCUUCCUGCUCCACUUCAAGCAGGAGCUCUUCGCACUUGUCCAGCAGAAGACCAACCACUUCAUCGAAGAGGAGAUGGAGAACAUGAAGGAGAUGGACGGCAUCUUCGAGGUGCGGGAGCAGUACUACAAAGUGCUGCUCAGCACUGCCUCCCUGGUGGCUCAGUGUUACCAGAAGUCCCGUCCCGAAGCCCGAGCCUUCCUUUUCGGCCACGAUUGGGAAGAGAUGCCCAUCGAGAAACUCCGGGCAACGAAGAGCCAGCUGUUAAAGUCCUUCCACACCGACAAGACCAAGACCUUGGCUUGGCAAGUCCACAGCAUCAGGGAUGCCGAGGGAGAUGUGGAGGAGCGGGUGCAGGCAGACCUUGAGAAGUUCACCGCCGCGACAGGCCUUGUAAGCCAGGUCGGCAAGGACAUUGAACAGGAAAGGGAAAAGUUGAUGGACCGUCGCAAGCGGUUGCAGAAAUUGGAGGGGGAGGCUAAAGUUUGGAUGCGCCGUGCUGAGGACAAUGCAGAGUUGGCCAAGAAGGACUCUUCGAGCCUGCACCAGGACAAGCAGAAAGAUGCCGCCAAGCGUGCACGUGAACUUUGGGACGACUUGAUGCGCCUCUUGGAUCGUGAGGAUGAGCCCGACGAGCCCAGACGAAUUCGAGUGCGUCUCCUCAUCGCCGAGGCGUGUGUUCUGGAGAGCUUGCCCGCGAACAUUGCGCAGCUUUACGUGAUCGGAGCGAAGCACUUAUGGCAUCGAACCUGGCCCCUAGAUCAACAGAAGCAGCGCGAGCACAACGUGCUGUUGAAGGCCAUCCUGCAGGUCGAGCAGAAAGUGCACGCGCCUGGAACUUGUAUGUCCGAGCGGACGGGCAAGACUGAAGCUGACCAUCCGGCCACUACAGAUGUACUGGCUUUGCUUCCAACCGCAUGCAGAGGUCAGCGUCUUCGGAGUGACCUCCAAGUUGCUACAAGAGCUGAUCUGGACAAAGUGUUCCAGUCAACAAUGGAGUUUGACAUGGACGUAUACCAGUUGAUGGUGCCUACCCUGGAAGUCGCCCGUUGUGAUAGCACUUCGCCAAUGUGCCGCACGUGGAAGUUCUCCAAGACAGCUUGCACUGUGCUUGGAGGGACUGGAGUGGCAUCAGGCGCAGGAUUUCUCUUCUUGGGAUCGAUGAUGAGCUGUGCCAUGACAGGGGGUGCAGGAAUUCUGCUUCUGGCAAUAGGUGGUGUGGCAGGGCUGAAAGCCAAUUGGCAGGCCUCUGCUCGUGGGAGCUUCUUGAAGCAGUUGCACCACACCGUCCGGGAAAGUCACAAAGCACUGCAAACCAAGGGUGCGGAAAAAUUCCUGGAGACGCUCUGCGGGCCGUUGCCCGACUCGAAAGAGCUCGGAAAGGCUGCUGGAAAGCAAAUCUUGAACUACCCGCACACCCUGGAAGAGCCUCUGAAAGACUUGGAGGGCAGCGUCAAGUUCCUUCUAGAAUGGUCAGUAUGCCCGGUGUUCAUCGGACAGCUGCUGUUGCAGGUUGCAGAGAUCUUCGCCUCGAGACGCAUCAAGAGGAUAAAGAUCGGCAACGGUGAGGCCCAGGUCCCCAUGUACAACCGGCUCAAGAUUCAGGCAGAGAAUAUCUUGAACUACUUGGAGACCAGCAUUGCUGAGGAUGGGGAGCUGUACUUGGCGGCACAUGACAUGGACAAGCAGGCAAGCGCUGAAGAUACGCUCGCCCGGAAGACGGCACAUUUUGAGGCGAAAGAUGGCAGCCUUCUUGAGGAAUGCUUCGUAUGGUCCAGAGCCAGCCAGGCAUGGUGCCUGCAGAAGCAGCUGCCUGAACGAAUCUGCUCCACCGCAGCGCAAGUCGGCAUGACUGUGCAGAAGGCCACCCUCCACAAGAAGGCCGGCGGCACCUUCGAACGGAGAAGUGAGCUGAAGGAUUUGCCACGCCUGGACGAGGUGGACAUCUGCACCAUUGAGCUUGAGCUGUCCCGGUCCAUGUGGACAUCCUUCAACGACCUUGCAUCUUUCUUUGUGAAAGAUCUGCCUGCCAAGGAUGGACACCGGGCUCAGUUGUUCCAGCUGUUGCAGAUUACUCGGAUUAACAUGGCAAUGCUGUUGCUGCUGAACCAGGAGGCAACGCAAGAGGAGGAUGGAAACAUCAAGAAGGCAGAGCUGAUUCUGCAGAAGGUUCUCAAAUCCGUGCAAUCCUCCAACUGCUCCUAUGAUCUGGAGAUUCGCGUUAAAGCCGUGCAAGACUUCUUCCAGGUCUUUGCCGGCCGUGAACUCAAGAUGCUUGAUGACGGUGCAGCGAGCCCUGCGGAGAUCAUCAGGUAUGAGCAAUGGAGCAAAGAGCUGGCGUGCAUCGUCGAGUUCCCGGCAUUUGCAGCUGGGCAGACAACAUUGCCGGGCAAGUUCAAGAGCCUCACAACAGCAUUUCUUGCCUCGCUGGCGCGCCAGAGGUGCAAGACCAGUCCUCCGACGAAGGAGGUCCAAGAGCAGGCUCAGGAGAUUCUUGCUCGCAUGGCGUCCCUCGGCAGCGAAGACUGCGACGAUGCCCUGCGGUGGCUGGCGAAAGAGUGUGGCGGCGUCAAGCAGGUGUUUGUGUGCAAGCCGCCUGGCUAUUUUGCGAGUUGCUGUGGUGGCGUCGGUGGCGAUCGAUUUGCACAGUCUGCAGAGAAACGUGCAGUUCUUCGAAUUCCUUCAGAGGAGUCUUCACAGGUCUUCCUCACGGAGGAGAACGACAAGUGGUGCAGCCUACUGCUUUUUGAACCUGCAGAUUUCCACUUAGCUGCCAGAGAGUUUGCCUGUGACCUCCGGGUUCGUCCAAGCACGAUUGCUUGGGAUGGCAAAGGCGGUAAGAUCAUGAAGGUUUUGGAAGAGCUUUCACGAGCUUUCGAUCAGGAGCACAAAGAGGGAAACGAUCGCAAGGUGAGCUUUGCCAAAGAGCUACUGUGGAUCCACACCUCUGCCGGCUUGCCGGGGGAGUAUCGCCAAGCCAAGAUUCUCAUGACCUGCCUUCGCCUGCUGUCCAAGGAGAGCCUGCAUGCCACCAUUUCUGACGACAUCCUCAACGAGACGCAGCGCUUCCUUUGGUUCCCUUCUGUCUUCUCCAAGAUCUAUUUAACCAAGGCACAUUCCUUCUUGAGUCAGGGAUUGGUUCACUCGUCAAAGAAGUGUGCCGAUGAGGUCGGCAACACGCCCGAGUUUGUGGAGAGUUGCGUUGAGGAGAAGGAGUGGCUGCAACGCUUGCAGGAGGGUCAGCGCGUUGCGAUGCAGCAUUGCGAGACUCCGGCUAGCUAUAAGGCGGAGCGGCCGAAAUGGGGGCAGCAAAGCAGCAUGGGCUUCCGCUGCAAGAAUGGGAAAACAUUGUACAAUUUUCCGCAGGAAGUCGGGAAGGUUUCGAGGUCUCCGGAGCCGUACAACAUCCUGAGCGUGGAUGGACAAGGUGUCGAGGACGUUAUGCCGGCUGUCCUUCUCAGUGAGCUGCAGCUUCGCUUGCACAAGCCCCUCAGCGAGGUCUUCCAACUGAUGGCAGGGACCUCGACGGGAUCCCUGAUAAUCGGUGGCCUGGCGACACCAACGGAGGAGGGCAAGCCCCGCUACAGUGCAUGUGAUAUCGUCGAGCUGUAUGUGUUCCGGGGCAAGCAGGUGGUCCCCCAGGUUGCGCAACAGCUUCUCAAGGACAUGACCAGUUGGGCGGAAGAGGAACCCAUCUACUUCAAGGACACCUUGGGCAACAUCAUGGUCCAGGCUCGCAUGGCUGAUGGACUGCAACAGCGGGUCGCAGACGAAGCUCGUCGCGGUUGCCAGGGCUACAAGGGCAAUCUCAAGCUGUUCGAUGUUCUCAGGAGCUCUGCUUUCGAUCAGAACCCUCCCCAUGGCUUCGAUGGGCAACAGCACGGAGAGACCUGUCCGGCUGACGGGCUGGCGACCAGGGCCUUGCUAUGGGCAGAGCAGGCGCCAUCCUCACCAACGCCAAGCGUGCUGCUCUCUUUGGGUUGCGAGCUUGAUGUCAGCUUCAACUAUCGUUCUCGCUUCGAGCAGCUGAGCUACCACCGCCCAAGGCUGCAGUCCGGCAUCUCCUGGUCGGACACCUCGGCUGAAAGCAUCGCUACGUUGUUGGAUCGGGCGGAGUCUUACGUGCAGGAGGCUUAUUGUGCAGAGUCCAACUGGUUCAACAAGAUGAUUGAGAAGCUUUCCGUUUGA